AUGGCGGCGGGGCCGGGCAGCGCGGCGGCCGUGGCGGCGGUGGGAGGCGGCAGCGGCGGCGGCGGCCCGGGCGGGCCUCAGGCUGCCGGUGCGGCGGCGUUGGGGCCCGUGCCGACGGGCAGCGGAGCUCCGGCGGCGGGUCCCGGGGCGGUGCUGAUCGGGGACCGGCUGUACUCGGGGGUGCUGAUCACCCUGGAGAACUGCCUGCUGCCCGAGCACACGCUGCGCUUCACCCCUUCCAUGAGCAGCGGGCUCGACCCGGACACCGAAACCCAGCUGCGGGUCACCGGCUGCGAGCUCAUCCAGGCGGCCGGCAUCCUGCUUCGCCUCCCGCAGGUGGCCAUGGCUACAGGACAGGUGCUGUUCCAGAGGUUUUUUUAUACCAAGUCUUUCGUGAAGCAUUCCAUGGAGCACGUGUCCAUGGCCUGUGUUCACCUGGCUUCCAAGAUCGAGGAGGCUCCCAGGCGCAUCCGGGACGUGAUCAACGUGUUCCACCGCCUCAGGCACCUCCGGGAGAGAAAAAAACCUGUGCCUCUCAUACUGGAUCAAGAAUAUGUCAACUUGAAGAAUCAAAUUAUUAAGGCAGAAAGAAGAGUGUUAAAGGAGUUGGGAUUUUGUGUCCAUGUAAAGCAUCCCCACAAGAUAAUCGUUAUGUACCUUCAGGUAUUAGAGUGUGAACGUAACCAACACCUGGUCCAGACCUCAUGGAAUUACAUGAAUGAUAGCCUGAGAACAGAUGUCUUUGUCAGAUUCCAGCCAGAAAGCAUUGCCUGUGCAUGCAUUUACCUUGCAGCCAGGACACUGGAGAUUCCACUUCCUAACCGUCCUCACUGGUUUUUGCUCUUUGGAGCAACAGAGGAAGAGAUUCAAGAAAUCUGCAUAAAAAUUUUGCAGCUCUAUACUCGGAAAAAGGUUGAUUUGGCUGAUCUGGAAAGUAAAAUAGAAAAGAAGAAAUUAGCUAUUGAAGAGGCAAAAGCCCAAGCUAAAGGUCUAGUACCUGAGGGAGUCCCAAGUUUGGACAACACAUCAGGAUUUUCCCCCAUACCAAAAAAUGAGUCUCCAAAAGAGGUGAAAGGAAACAAACCUUCACCACUCCCUGUCCAGGCGAUGAAGAACGCUAAAAGGAAAACAGAGGGAGCAAAAAGAACAAGUUCAAACAGCCCAGUGAAUGGUGUUCAGAAAGGGAGAGAGAGCAGAAGUCGAAGUGGCAGCAGAGAUCAGAGUUACUCCAGAUCUCCCUCCAGAUCAGCAUCCCCCAAGCACAGGAAAAGUGAGAGCUACUCCACGUCGAGUGGUUCCAAGUCCCACAGCCGCUCCAGGAGCCGCAGCGACUCUCCUCCCAGGCAGUUCAACCACAGCUCCAGCUACAAAACUUCCAAGGUGAGAAGUUACAAGAAAUCAAAGGACUACAAAUACUCCACACACAAACCCCGUAAGUCCCGCAGCAGGAGCUCAUCCCGGUCCAGGAGCCGAUCCCGGGAACGCUCCGACCACUCUGGGAAGUACAAGAAGAAAAGUCACUACUACAGGAACCACCGCCACGAGCGCUCCCGCUCCUACGAGCGGGCAGGGCACCGCUAUGAGAGAGACCAUCCUGGCCACAGCAGGCACAGGAGGUGAAUAAAGGAAAAAAAUAACCCCAAAUGGUUGUUUUUUCCCCUUGGGAUUUAAGCAGUGGAGUUCUUCUUCCCCGUUUUGGUCUAGGUUUGUAAAGCACCCAGCUUGAGUCGUGUCUGUUCUGCUGGGAGUUCUGUACUUGCCCUCUGGAAUCCAAAGGAAGGAUGCUGAUGGGACAUGGGACUGGAGCUUGUCUUGGUGACUGGGCUGCAGCACCACCUCACCUGCUGCAGAGUGGGGCCCUGGGUGCUCCUGUGCCUGCUCUGCAGUGGUGGGUGUGGGGUGAGUUCUGCAGGCAGGAGCUGUGUGGGUGCUGUGCUCAGCAGGCCUGCCCUGGGGAGCCAGGAGGCACGAGCCAGGUGAUCAAAACCAUUGGAGUGGCUCCGUGCUGACAGAGCUGUCUUUUCAUACUGACUCAAUUAUGUUGUACAAAUGUAAGGUGACUUUUUGGUUUGGUUUUUUUGUUUGUUUUUAGAACUGUUGCCUAUAUUAGGUUAUAUAUGUGUAUAUAUAUUUUGCAGUGUUACAGUACAGUAUGAGAAUAUGGCCUUAUUAGCCUUUACACUUUACCCCUAAUGUAAAUAAGCAUUUGUUUAAUACAGCUGGAAGAUAUAUACAGAAAACUCAAAACUUGAAUUCUAUCGAAAGACUUGUGUAGAAAUUUCUGAUAAAUGUGAAAGUAUUUAGCUCUGUGUACUGAGAGUAGUAUAUUUUUAUCUGUGCAAUGCUGUGUGCAGGCCACCAGCUCAUAAGACAUUUCCUAUAUAUUCAUUUUCAGUUGUUUGGAAUUCUUUACUCAGGAUCUUUGACACUGAAGAAUUAGUAGUUUGUCAAUCUGCAUGCUUGUUGGAGAACACAGCAUUGAAAAAAAAAACAAAAAAAGCAAAAAACAACCCCACAGCCCAGUAGUAUCAGUUCUAGUGGUAUAUCUGAGCUGUUACUCUCAUGCUCCCUAAUUUCAUUAAAGUAUUUGAUUUUCUAUUA